UCGGUCUACAUAUCGUCCAUGCAAAGACCGGGAGAUGGCCUGCCUCACGAACUUGUUCUCGCCAUUCAGCGCAUUCUCGACUUGAAUACCGACGCCCAGUCUGAUCCCCUUGACGUUCUAUCCGAUGACUUCCGGCCCGUUGAUGUCAUAAACCAGCUCUUUCCAGACGAUGCAUCACUGGGCCAACUGGAAGCAGUCCAAGCGCGACUUGCUCACGAUGCUGAGAAUUUGCAGAAGGAAGUGGAUGUGCUUCAGGAGGAGCUCAAGCGCGACCAGGAUCCAUCCAGAAUGCAGCAGAUUCAGGAAAUGAUAUCGGAUCUUUUGGGACAAAUGUCACGCAUACGCGAAAAAGCGACCGAGUCGGAGGCCGUGGUCAAAAACAUCACCAAGGAUAUCCAGGCGCUCGACCUCGCGAAGCAGAAUCUCAGUCAGAGCAUGACCACGCUCAAGCGGCUUCAAAUGCUUGUCAAUGCCCUGGGAUUGCUGGAGGAGCUAUCCAAGGAGAGGAAGUAUAAGGAGGCGGCCCAAACGUUGUCUGCCAUUAAGGAGAUAUCUGCGUCUUUUAGACAUCUUACAUCCGUGCACAGAAUAUCGCAAGUGUGGAAACAAGUUCAGUCCGUCCAAGGGGAGCUUCGGUCCCAAUUAGAGGAGGACUUUGAUGACUUUUUCCUGCAGGACCCUUCAAAGCCCGUUCGCCCGGCACUCAUUACAGACGCCUGUCUGGCUGUCGAUGUCAUAGGGCCCGACGUACGGACACACAUAAUCGAUCGAUAUGUCGCAAUGGAGUUGAAGGAAUAUAGACGAAUAUUCCGCGCAUCGGACGAAGCAGGCUAUCUUGACAAUGUCUCAAGGCGUUAUGCCUGGUUCAAGAGAUUACUUCAACACCACGAAUUGGAACAAGGACGUGCUUUCCCGUCAGACUGGAAGGUCGGAUGGUAUUUGUUCGCCAAGUUUUCUGUGAUAACGCGAGAUGACCUAGUUUCCUUACUUUCCAAGGCAGGAUCCAGGUUGACGGUUCAGGUACUCUUAGAUACACUUCAGCAAACGGUGGAGUUUGAGUCCUCGAUUGCUAAGAAAUGGGCUACUUCUGCUGAAGACAUCCUGAAAUUCACAGCGACUGGUCCUUCAGACAUUCCCAAGACCAUGUCUUCUGCGUUUGAGCCUCACUUGGGUAUCUUCAUUGAAGCUCAGGGGAAAGCUUUAGCAGACAUGCUUGCUCCCCAUCGAGGUAGAGGAGUUCAACCAAAGCCUGCAGCGUCAUUGGAAGCGACACCUAGAGGCUCUGUCGAAGAGGAAGAAAACACUCGGUCACCAGCCGCUGUUUUAUCGUCCUCGACCGAGCUUUUCUACUUCUAUGGACAGACGCUGGAUCAGUGCGCAAAGCUGUCUACCGGACAACCGUUGUUGGAUCUGUGCGCAUUGCAUAAGAAGUGGUUGCGAACUUACGCUGAAGAUGUCCUGGCGGCAAAGAUGAAGAGUUCUCCUUCAACAAGACAGAUACGCAAGUCGGUAGACUCGCGUGCGGAUGUCCAGGAGCUCAACCAAAGCUGCGCUCUGAUUAAUACUGCUGAUUAUUGCCAAACUACAGCAUCAGAGCUUGAGGACAAGAUAAAGGAGAAAAUCAACGAUGACCUUGAGGAGAAGGUCUCUUUCCAAACAGAACGCGACCUAUUCAUGAGUGUGAUCUCGUCCGCGAUCGGCAUCCAGCUAAAGGAACUCGAGUCGGCAUGUGACUCGGCCUUCAAUAUAAUGUCGCGCACCUCAUGGUCGUCGUUGAAUCAAGUUACCGGACCGUCACAACACAUCACCGGCCUUGCGCGCAACAUCGAGCAGGUGGCAGAUGUCAUCAAGCCACUGGUAGAACAAAAAAAGUAUCUUCGCAAUCUGUUUGAUAAGGCGUGCAGCCUCGUCUUGACUAAAUUUACCAAUGCCCUGGUCAAGAGCAGGCCACUCAUGGAAAUCGGUGCAGAACAGCUUUUAAUUGACCUUCAGGUCGUCAAGACGUGCCUUACAAAGCUUCCUGGGGAGGCGCUUUCUACUUCAGGGUAUAUCAAAGCGCUGGCCAAGAGCACAACGCGACUCGAAACUCUGCUCAAGGUGAUUGUAACUCCGGUGGAUCCUUCCGAAGGGUUUAUCCUGAACUACACGCUACUUAUCGGGGAUGCCUCCUUCUCAAACUUCCAAAAGAUCUUGGAUCUCAAGGGCACACCCAAGGGUGAACAGAACGAUCUUUUAGACUCAUUUUUGACGAUCACGAGCACCAAGAGCGAGUUGGAGAGCACGUCCUUCUUGAGCUCACUGGACAUGGAUCCGACAACUUCCGCGUUAUCUUUGCUGGGCAGUCCCAGUGGGAGUCGCGUUGCAUUGCCGCUCGCGGCGAGUCCCUUGCCAGACGGCACGUUUGGCUCACCUCCGGGAAGCGGUCCGCCGACAGGCGAUGGCAGGAACCCGGAGGCCGCCCAGAAACGAGAGGUGUUCUCUGAUUUCAAGCGCUUUGUGACGUUUGGCCUCAGGAGGGACACUCAACCACCAUCAUAGUUCGUUAGAGUUGGAGUAAACUAUAUUUAUUUGCUGGAAAUGCAACUUAUACCUGGA